AUGCCACCAGCUGUAUCGCAGACUGAAGUUCUCCCCAGUGGAGAACUUGAGCACAAGGUUACUAAAAAAUCUAAGACCUUCUGCCUUGAUAGUACUCACCGUGAUGGUACAGCGAAAUCAGUUUUGUCUGAGGACAGGGACAGUUUCAAAGAGUUUCAGCCAAUGGCAAUUGUGGGGAUGGCAAUGAGACUCCCAGGUGGAGUCAAAUCAGAUAAAGAUUUCUGGGAAUUACUUAUGAACAAAAAUGAUGGAUUGUGUCGUGUGCCAGAAUCCCGCUAUAAGGUAGAUAGCUUCUAUCAUGAAACGAUGCCCCACGCUUUGAAGACGAAGCAUGGGUACUUCUUGCAGGACGACCCAGCCCAGUUUGAUGCCGGCUUUUUCAAAAUCGGCAGUGUCGAAGCAAGUCGAUUAGAUCCCCAGCAGCGGCUUCUGUUAGAAGUAGUUUGGGAGUGUAUGGAAAGCUCUGGCCAGACCGAAUGGCGUGGACGAGACAUUGGUUGUUACGUCGGUGUUUUUGGUGAAGAUUGGCUUGAUCUGAAGAGCAAAGACAGUCAGAGUAUUGAUCGCCUUCAUGUGCUGGGAACUGGAAACUUUGCUUUGUCAAAUCGAGUCUCCUAUGAGUUUGAUCUGACUGGGCCAAGCAUGGUUCUGUCAACAGGAUGCUCCUCUUCUUUGGUAGGGCUGCACGAAGCGUGUGCAGCUAUUCAAGCGGGAGACUGCUCCUCUGCACUGGUGGCAGGUACAAACCUGAUCCUAACGCCGACAAUGACUACUACAAUGUCCGAAAACAUGGUUCUAUCAUCAGAUGGGACUUGUAAGACAUUUGAUGCCAAAGCAGAUGGAUAUGGGCGAGGAGAAGGAAUUAACGCUAUUUACAUAAAGCCUCUCAAAUCGGCUUUGCGCGAUGGCGAUCCUAUUCGCGCGGUCAUCCGGUCCACCGCAACUAACUGUGAUGGAAGAACGCCCAGUAUCACCACUCCAGGAUCUGCAACCCAGAAGAGUUUGAUUGAGAAAGCGUAUAAGAUGGCAAGAAUCAAAAAUAUCACUGAAACGCCUUUCUUUGAAUGUCAUGGAACGGGUACCACAGUUGGAGAUACAGCAGAGGUUUCAGUUGUGGCGGAGCUAUUCGGAGGACACCAAACCUUCAUUGGAUCCGUGAAACCGAAUAUUGGCCAUGGUGAAGGUGCCUCCGGCAUCUCGAGUGUCAUAAAAAGUGUCCUAGCUCUUGAACACAGUAUCAUUCCACCCAAUAUUCACUUCAAUGAGCCCAAUCCAAAAAUCCCAUUCAAAGACGCUCAGUUGAUAGUCCCAGUUGAGCAAAUUCCUUGGCCAACUGACCGAGCCAAGAGAAUCAGUGUUAAUUGCUUUGGGAUUGGAGGAUCCAACGCUCAUGUUAUUCUCGACUCUGCGACAUCUUUUACAAGCGAAUCACAUCACGAAAACCACACUAGAGAAAAAUACAUACCUAUGCCCAUGAUUCUAUCAGCAGCUAGCCCGGAGGCACUGCGCCAGAGGGUGAAGGAUAUCAAAGAAUACAUGGAAAGUUUCUCAUCGAUGCAAGACCUGGCUUACAAUCUCACAGUUCGUAGGGAAUUGCUCCCUUAUCGCACUUUCUUGAUUGGAAGAAAUAAUUCCGUCGUCGAGGGAUUAGAAAUUCAACAAUUCGAAGCUCCAUCAAGAGUUCCAAAAUUGCACUUUGUUUUCACUGGCCAGGGAGCACAAUGGGCAGGCAUGGGCAGAGACCUCCUCGAAACGUACGAAGAAUUUCUCGCCGACAUUGAAUCCAUGGAUGAGGCACUGCAAAGCUUGCCCGAUUCCCCGCAGUGGACUAUCCGAGAGGAGCUAUCGCGUGUCGGGCCUGCCUCUCGGGUGAACCAACCAGAGCUCUCCCAGCCUCUUUGCACAGCACUUCAAAUUGGUAUCGUGAAUCUACUUUCUUCAAUGGGCGUUAAGGCGACUACGGUAGUUGGUCAUUCUAGCGGAGAAAUCGCCGCAGCGUAUGCUGCAGGGGCCAUCACUUCCAGCACGGCAAUCAUCCUAGCCUUCUAUCGCGGACAAGUUUCGAAAAAAUGUCGAGCCGGUGCAAUGGCUGCUAUCGGGAUGUCAUCACAAGACGUUCAAAAAUAUCUGCAAGGAGAUGUUGUUGUGGCUUGUGAGAACAGUCCACAAAGUGUCACGAUUUCAGGAGAUCCAGAUGGGAUUGAACGUAUUAUUAACCAAAUUCGUGCCGAUCAAUCUGAUGUACUUUAUCGACACCUCAAGGUCAAUGUUGCCUAUCACUCUGCUCAUAUGCGUGACGUGGGUCAGAUCUAUGAAGACGCAAUCACCACACAUUUGAAUUCACAGGGAUUUAUGCUUGAUCUAUACUCCAGUGUGUCUGGAAAGAAAAAUCGAGUUCUAUUUUCAACAGCUUUGAAUAUGAUACUCAAAGAUCACAACGAAGAUGCAGUUUUCCUAGAGAUCGGCCCACACUCGGCAUUGUCUGGGCCUCUUCGUCAAAUAUUCGGUGCAAAUGAUAGAAGAAAGUCAACUUAUAUACCUUGCAUUGUGAGAGGACAGAAUCCAGCUGAUCAGUUCAUGGCAUCAAUAGCGUCUAUGUACUGCCUGGGUCUUGCUCCUAAUUUACGUCAAAUUCUUGGAGCCGGAACAGUUCUGACCGACAUUCCCGCCUAUCCGUGGCAACAUGAUCAAAGGCACUGGUGUGAAAGUCGAGCCACAGAGCAAUGGAGGUUGAGGUCUUUUCCAAAUCAUGAGCUGCUCGGUUCUAGACUAUUCGGGUCUAGUGAUCAGGAGCCUACGUGGAGAAACAUUCUCACCCCUUACGAUGUGUCGUGGUUGAUUGACCAUAAGAUAUUCGAUGAUAUUGUCUUCCCUGCAGCUGGAUUUAUUGCAAUGGUGGGAGAGGCUAUUCACCAAAUCACGGGAUCUCAAAGCUACAUUAUUCAAAAAAUGGUUUUCAAAACGCCUUUAUUUCUUCAAACCCGCGAGACAGAGAUUCUCACUAGUUUGAAACCACUCAAAUUGACCGACAUGGACGAUUCUGACUUCUUUGAGUUCACUAUCUCGGCUUUCGACGGGCAGCAGUUCGUCAAACACUGCGACGGUCAAGUGCGCCAAGGCUGUGAGCUCUUACCCGAGACCGAACAGAUCAAGCCAUUCAUCCGAAAGGUCUCCCAUUCUUCAUGGUACAAAUACAUGGCAGAACUCGGACUACGAUAUGGCCCAAGUUUCCAAGGCCUUCGACAAAUUACAGCAGACCCAGUUCACAAAAAAGCAAGUGCGGUUCUGGUAGAUGAAGGGUCGCAUGAAAGCCGAUAUCCUUUGCAUCCAACAAUCAUUGAUAAAUCAUUACAACUGCUGAGCGUCGCACACUGCAGAGGUCUCUCCCGUCUUUCCGCAAAGCUGUGUAUUCCGGCAUAUUUCGAGAGCAUUCAUGUAUUAUGUGGGGCCCUGAAGACAAAGUUAGAUGAAAAUUCUAAGUUUGAUGAGUUCAAAGUGUGUUGUGCUACGUCAGCAGAUGAUACUAUGAGCGGAGAUUUAAUGGCAACAGCUCAAGGAGAAGCGGUCCUGAGGAUAAACAACGGGGUCUUUUUUUCACUUGAUGACAAGGCUGAAGAAUCAAGGAUCCCAUUGGGGAGCCAUCUAGAGUGGGCACCAGAUGUCGAGCUUCUUUCUUCGCAAGACCUGUUGAAGCUUGAUCCAUUUCCUAAUGAUGCCCAUCUGUUCACCCGAAUUUCGAUGCUCGCUAUUCUCUUCGCGGAGGAGGAGGUUCACAAGCUUCAAGCUGGAACUCCUCACCUUCAGAAGUAUCAAAAAAUGCUCAUCAAACUGGCCAAAGAUAUCAGGGACGGUCAUUUUCCAGCUGUGCCUGAAGCACAGCAGUGGGCUGCCUUAGGCCAACAUGAUAAGGCAAAGGCCUUUGAGCAGCUCAAAAGUCUACCUAUCACGAAUAGUCAUACCAAACCCGUGCUUGAUAUGGUAGAAAGGGUAAUGAACAGCUGCACUGCAAUCGUUGAAAACAAGGUCUCGCAAUUGGACCUCUUACUGCAAGAGUCCGGCCUGCAGAGCUUGUACGAAUCGACAAGCCAGCAAUUGGGCUGGCGCAUCUUGUUUUCCCAUCUUCGGCACUCCAAUCCAAGAAUGAGGAUCCUAGAAAUUGGUGCUGGUACUGGCUCCACCACUGCAAUAACCCUAGGACUGUUGCAAGAGCCGAAUGGUGUGCAAACUUUUGCCUCAUACACAUUCACAGAUAUAUCACAUGGUUUUUUGAAGUCAGCGGAAGACCGAUUCCAGGACUUUCGCGACAUAAAGUACAAGAUCUUAGACAUCAGCAAAGAUCCACAAGACCAAGGCUUUGAGCCUGCCAGUUUUGAUGUCAUUAUCGCUGCAAAUGUUCUACAUGCUGCCCCUGUCAUACAUGAAGCGCUUGUACAUGUAAAAAGUCUCCUUGUACCAGGUGGCCGUCUGCUAAUGCAGGAGUUAUGCCCGGAUUCACCGCAGUACGACUUCCUUCUGGGAGUCCUUCCGGGAUGGUGGAUUGGUGAGAAUGACAACCGUCCAGAGCAUCCCUAUAUUGACGGUGAGUGCUGGGAUACUAAGCUACGCAAUGCUGGUUUUACUGGCGCAGAAGGAAUUUUCUACAAUCAAGAGUCGCCUUAUCGCCAAGGUGCCAGCAUUGUUUCAAGAAAGCCCACUGAUGAGAUCAAUCCACGGGUUGUCACACUUGUCUGCAGAGCAAGCCUUGGAAAAUGGGAAGCCGAUCUCGGAAAACAGCUGAUCAAUCAACGAUACAGCGUGACCUGGCUACAACUAGGAGAUGAAGCCCCGAAAACAGGCGAUAUCAUUUUCCUUCUUGAUUUGGAUGGCCCCUUUCUUGAUGAAAUUUCGGAUCAGACUUUCCAAUCUCUCAAAUAUUUCCUCAAGUAUUGUGUAUCUUCAAGGUUAUUUUGGUUGAUGCCCCCAGCACAGACAUUGUGUAAUGACCCUAGAUAUGGGCUUGUUUUGGGACUGGUUCGGUCCUUGCGAAAGGAGAUGAAUCCCCAGUUUAUAACGAUUGAGGUUGAUUCAUUCGAUGCCCGGUCAAUAAACUGUCUUCUCCAAAUUCUGCAGAAACCUACUAAUAAAAACUGCCUCCCUGAGGUGGAAUAUACCCUGACAAAUGGAACAGCAUAUGUCAGCCGACUUAAGUGGGGUGCUUUAUCCGACUAUGCCCCAAAGUUGGUACAUACCGAUGCCCCAAAAAUGCUUUCAAUGAACUCAUCACACACGCUGGACUCAUUUCAAUGGAUCCCAUUCAGUGAGCCACCAUUGGGAACAGAAGACGUGAUGGUUGAUAUUGCCUAUACUGGGUUGAACUUCCGUGACAUGAUGAUUGCGCUAGGAAUUUUUGGUGCCAAGACAAGCAUGGGCUUUGAAGCGAGUGGGACAAUUUGUCGAAUUGGAUCAAAUGUGAAGGCAUUUGAGAUUGGUGACAAGGUAGCAUUGAUUGCAGAUGGACUUUUAAGGACACGUCAAGUUAUUUCUAGUAACUACUGUGUCAAGAUUCCAGAUGGUUUGUCAUUAAAGGAUGCAGCCACCAUGCUUAUUGUGUUUGCAACGGCGAUCUAUUCCUUGAUUGAUGUCGGUUGUAUCAAGAAGGACAAGUCUAUUUUGAUUCAUUCCGCCUGCGGUGGGGUGGGAUUGGCUUCCAUUCAAAUUUGCAAGCUGAUGGGCGCUGAGAUCUUUGUUACAGCUGGUAGCGAGGAGAAAAGGAAUUAUCUACAGACAGAAUUCCAAAUUCCGAGAAACCAAAUUUUUGAUUCCCACAGCGCGGAAUUUCUGCCUCGGUUAAUGAAGGAAACUGGCGGCCGAGGAGUUGAUAUAGUACUCAAUUCAUUAGCAGGAAAGCUCUUGCAUGCAUCAUGGCAAUGCGUGGCUCCCUUUGGGAAAAUGAUCGAGCUGGGCAGACGCGAUUUCCUCGGCCAUGGCAAACUUGAUAUGGCGACAUUCAUGAAAAACCGGGCUUUCUUCGGCGUUGACCUGAAUCAAAUCAGAUUAGACGCACCUGACAUACUUCAAAGUCUGGUUGCUCAGUUUUCGGAAUGGGCUCAAGCCGGGAAAAUAAAACCGAUUCGGCCUGUGACUGUCUACAAUGCUGCCCAGAUAUCUGAGGCGCUCAAAUUCAUGCAGCAAGGUGUUCACAUGGGAAAGAUUGUCAUAAAAAUGCCUGCAUCAUAUUCCGAUUUGCCCGCAACCCCUUCAAUCAAACCGUUCUCUUUAUCAUCAACCAAAGCAUACCUACUCGCUGGUGGUCUUGGGGGGCUGGGUAGGAGUGUGUCGAAUUGGAUGGUUGAGCAAGGGGCCAGACAUUUGAUUUUCCUUUCUCGGUCUGGCAACCAAUCGGAGAAACAUACAGCCUUCGUUCAGGAGCUAGAGGCUCAGGGAUGUGAGGUUAUUAUCGUUGCUGGAGACGUUUCCGAUAUAAGGGAUGUCAAAAAGGCAGCCUGCUGUUCUGCGUGGCCAAUUGGUGGGGUUCUUCAACUCUCCAUGGUUCUUCGAGACCAAGGUUUUUUCAACAUGACACAUGAAGAAUGGAAAACUGUCAUUGAUCCCAAAGUGACUGGCACGUGGAAUCUUCACCAUGUUUUCAAAGAUUUUCCUCUCGACUUUUUUGUCAUGUUCAGCUCUGUUUGUGGCUUGGGAGGAAACAUAGGCCAAGCCAACUACUCAGCAGCAAAUACAUUCUUGGAUUCUUUUGUUCAGUACCGUCGAAGUCAUGGUCUACCCGCCUCAGUCCUGGAUCUCGGUAUUUUGGGUGACGUUGGGUUUGUGAGUCAAAACAAGCAGCUUCGGGUCCGAUUGGAGGCAUCAAAUUUCGUCAUUUUGAGAGAGAAAGACCUGACAGAUGCUCUGCAAGUUUCCAUGCAAACUCAAGCAAACUGCCAGCCAACCAACGGGAUUCCAGUAUCCAAUAUGUUUGCUGUUGGUUUUGGGUGGCACAAACAAGGUCACCAUGCAGCCAUUGAGGUGGACAAUGACAUUCGAGUCAGCAGCUUCGCAAACUACGAGAAAACGGAAAGUAUGACUAAAAUCGACAAGACGGAUGAGAUACGGAACUAUUUCGCUCAUGUGGAGCGACAUGUAGAGCUUUUGGAUGACCCUGAGACAAAGCUUCGAAUUACGAGAGAGCUGGGCAAGUCUAUCUACUCAUACAAAGGACAGUAUCAGGAGAUGACAGAUGAGGAGAUGUCGGCAACUAUCCUUGACUCCUUAAUUUCCAUCGAAAUUAGGAACUGGUUCCGGCGGAAAUUGUCCUUGGAGAUAACUUUGACCGAGAUCUCUCGUGCCGGUAACGUCGGUGCAUUGAGCGAGUUGACUAUUGCAAAGCUGAAGGCCAGAAACCAACAGAAGAUAUCAACGCUAGAGAUCCCUGCAGCGUGA